CGAGGCUUUGAUAUUUUUUAAUCAUUAUCUCACACUGAUUACAUACUCAGAAAGAGAAGGGAAAAAUGUAAAAAAAAACUUCAAAUAUCACAUUGAAUUACGAAAGAUAAAAUUCCUUAUAUUUCAUUUGAUUUUGCAGCUAGUUCAUCUCAGUGAGUCUCCAUAAAACCAUCAAAUUUAAAAUACAUAAACAAUCUCAAAAAAAAAAACCUCUAAAUUUACAAUAAUGAUUUCUGAAUAUUUUCCAUUUUUAAGUAAAUAUUGGCAUUACGUAAUAACAAGUAUAGUUUUAUUUUUUUUAACAAUAUUACUAAUCGAAAAAAGAAAAACAAAAAAAAUUAUAAAAAAAAAUAUUGACGAUAUAAAUUUUCAUAAUUCAAUUGACAAUGAUGACUGCGAUGAACAACCAGCAUUAUCAAAAAAUUUAGAACACAUUCCUUUUGAAUAUUCUCGUCCAAGUGAAGAAAAUUUACUAAAACGUGCUCGUGAAUUUUAUGACAUAACAAAUGCAAGACGUACCAUAAGAUUUUUCAGCAAAGAUAAAGUUCCAAAAAAUAUAAUACGAGAAAUAAUUCGUUCUGCUGGCACAGCUCCAUCAGGUGCACACACUGAACCAUGGACAUUUGUUGUUGUAUCAAAUAAAAAUAUAAAAAUGAAUAUUAGAAAAAUCAUUGAAACUGAAGAAGAAAUUAAUUAUAAAAAACGUAUGGGAAAAAAAUGGACAACUGAUUUGAUGCCAUUAAAAACAAAUUGGAUUAAAGAAUAUUUAACAGAUGCACCAUAUUUGAUUAUUGUUUUUAAACAAGUAUAUGGUUUGUUACCUGAUGGAAAAAAGAAAAUACAUUAUUACAAUGAAAUGAGUGUAUCAAUUGCAUGUGGAAUUUUAUUAACAGCUAUUCAGUAUGCUGGACUUGUGACACUUACAUCAACACCGCUAAAUUGUGGUCCAGCAUUAAAAAAACUUCUUGAAAGACCAGACAAUGAAAAACUUGCUAUACUUUUGCCAGUUGGUUAUCCAGCUGUUGAUGCAACUGUUCCAAAACUUGAAAGAAAAUCUCUCGAUGAAAUAUUAGUCGAAUUUGACUAAAAAAAAAAACAUAUAUUACUUUUUUUUAUAAAAAAAAUUCCCAUAUUAGAAAUUAAUAUUUAUUAGCAAUUUUCGUACAAUUAUUAUUCAAAAUAAAAUGUAUUUAAAAAAAAAAAAAGAAAACAUUCAUUUUAAUUUUAUCAACAGAAAAAAAUUGUUUAGAAAAAAUUUAGUAUUCGCUUAUGGUGAUUAUUUAUUUUCAUUUUUUUUUUUUUUUUUUAUUUAUAGGCAAUUCUAUGUGGUUUUUCCAUUAGCCUUAGUUUUUUUUAAAUUUAUUUUUUUUCAUUAUUGUUUAUUCGAGCAUUAACCACAACGAAUAAAAUUAAGUACACUCCAUGUAUAAAAUAUAAAAAUACUGCCUUGAAAAAUAAUUAUAAACAAAAAAAUGAAAAUAAAAAUUUGAUAUUAUUUUUUAAAUCAAACGUAUAGUGGUUUUUUUUUUUUUG